UCUACAAUUCCGGUUUUCUCCCAAGAUGGAGGCCCUUCCAGGGGGUUACCCUGUAAAGGCUCCUACACCGAAAGCCCGAAUGUUCGUAGUUUUCUUUAGUAUGGCGAUAUGCAUGGGUACUUUAUUUUUACUACAGACUAAACUAUCAAAACCAAGAAAAACGAAAGACUUUUAUUCUUUUGAUGUACGGGAUAUAAGAGGGAGGGUUGUUUCUCUGGAAAAGUACCGAGGCAAAGCGUCCCUGGUGGUAAACGUGGCGAGUCAGUGCGAGCAGACGGAGCGGAAUUACAGAGAGCUUCAGGAACUGCACCGAGAGCUGGGGACGUCUCACUUCAACGUGCUGGCUUUCCCGUGCUCUCAGUAUGGAGAGACCGAACCUUGGGCCAGUCGCGAGAUUGAACACUUUGCGAAAUCAAACUUCGGCGUCACGUUUCCCAUUUUUAGCAAGAUAAAGAUAAUGGGCUCUGAAGCGGAUCCUGCCUUCACAUUUCUUACAGACUCUGUGCAGAAAACUCCAAAAUGGAACUUCUGGAAGUUUUUGGUAAAUCCGGACGGGAAGGUGGUGAAAUUCUGGAAAGCUGAGGACUCCAUGGAAACGAUCCGGACAGAGGCCACUACACUGGUGCGGGAGAUCAUUCUGAGGAAGAGGGCAGAACUCUGACAGCUCAUUGGCUCACUAAAAGACACAGUUUGAUUGGCACCCGUUCCA